CACAAUGUGACAACCAAUCUUGCAUAUAAAUAAAGCAAAAAUGGCUCAGCUUGCCAAGCGUGCCGUUGCCGUUAGCUUCAUCUUUCAGUUCCCAGAUGGCGAUCCUUCUCAGAAGCCGCGGGUGGCGCUGUUUCGAAGGAGCGGCAAGGUCAACACAUAUCAGCAUAAAUACGCCCCCAUCUCCGGCGGCGUCGAAGCCACAGAUGCAACUCCCCUCGCAACAGCCUGGCGCGAACUUGCUGAAGAAACCACCCUCACAUCUACUUCCCUGCGACUCUUCCGACAGGGCAAACCGUAUUCCUUUGCAGACGCCAGCGUUGGUCGCAUGUGGACCAUUAAUCCCUUUUCGUUCAUCCUGAAAUCCGCCAAGGAAGGCGGAAGAGGCGAAGAAGGCAUCACGAUUGACUGGGAACACGAGGGAUACAAGUGGUUCGACCCCGACGAAAUCACCGACGAAGAAUCUUUCCAAGGCGUGCCGCGGCUCAAGGAGAGUCUGAGGAGAGUGUGGUUUGACAUUGAUCUCGGCAAGGAUGCGGGGGGCGUCCUGGCGGCUGGGCUGAGAGCCCUUCAAGACGACCAUGCGAGCGGCGCGAGACAAUUGGCGUCGGCAGCAUUGGAGAUAUACCUCGAUGUGAUUGCCCGGCUUGAUACUAGUGAUCGAGACACGUGGUGGAAGAACGUCCGCUUCACGGCAUGGCAUCUAUGGAAGAAUGGGCGAGAAAGCAUGGGAGCCCCCAUCCUCAGCGUCGUCCUCUCCAGCCUAGACAUUAUCGAGAAGCAUCUUCAACUCACCACCGAAAGCUCUCUAUCAACGGAAUUCAUCCAACAAGUCUGCGCCGCAAUCAAACAAUUCGCCCAGCAAAGACACCAAUCAGGAACCAAAAUCGCAAACGCCUUCACCUCAUUCCUCGAACAGACCUUCCCCGUGUCCCCCAACAAGCCCCUCAAAAUCGUCACUCUGUCAUCCAGCUCAACAAUCACAGCAUCUCUCUCCCUCAUUCUCAAGUCAUCAGCAUCUCGUCCCCUCGACAUCCACAUCCUCGAAUCGCGCCCUCUCUUCGAAGGCGUCAGCGCAGCCCGCCACUUAUCCACCCUCAUCCAAGACAACAACAGCAGCACCAUCACCGUCCACACAGACGCCAGCGCCGCUCUCGCCUCCAAAGACGCACACAUCCUCCUCCUCGGCGCAGAUCUCAUCGACAAGGCCGGCAACGUGAGCAACAAGACGGGCUCGCUCCCCGCCGUGCUCGCCGCCAAACACGUCUCCCCGGGCGUCAAAGUCGUCGUGCUAUCGGAAAAGGAAAAGGUCCUGCCCUUUGACCCGCCGGGGCAUGAGGAAAACGACAGCGAGGAGCUCGUCCGCGGGUGGAGGGGGAUGCUCGGCCCGGAGAUGGAAUUGCAGGGCGUGGCCGUCAAGAAUGUGUACUUCGAGUGGGUGCCUGCGCGGCUGGUGGACGUCUAUCUCACGGAGGAUGGCGCCGAGGGCACGGAACAUGUUGAAGCGUGGGCGCGAGAGGUGCAGGAAAAGGCUGGCCAUUUGUUUGAUCAUCUUUGACCUGGUAUAUGUAUAGUUACAUACAUGGGUAUAUAUGUGUGUGUGUGCUUUCCUCUC